AUGGCGGAACUAAAAGCCGCUCUCAAGCAAGCGAAAAAGUUACUGGGCGAAAACCAUAGUGAGGAUGCCUUGAAAGUGCUGCAGGAGUUUCUUGAUGAUGGCGUUGAAGACUACAUGAUGUUCUGCUUUGCCGCGUUAGCUUACGCCAACAUGGAUGAUAAAACCAAGGCUAAGGAUCUUUACGAAAAGGCUAUCAAACUUGAUGGAAAAAUGCCUAUCGCAUGGCAAGGGUUAUUCAAAUUAUACGAUUCCGGAAAGUUAACGAGUGAUGAGCGCUCUAUCGAAGUAUCCGCUCAUCUAAUCUCUGUAUGGUGUGUUCAUUAUGGAUUGUUGCGACUGUUUUACGUACUUUCUCUCCAUAGAAGCAAAAUAUCCCAAGUGUGGCUGCCAAAAAUGUUUGCAAGUUACAACAGAUUACGUCCAGUCAUGAACUCCAGCCACUGA